AUGAAGAGUAUUCAGGAAUAUACAAUCCUGUGGAACGCUACUGAAAAUGCUGAAAUGCAUCGUUACGUAUCAUUAACCAUUCCCAAGCCAACUUCCAUUCUUCACCAUUUCAUGACUUCCUCUUUAUUGUUUUUGUUUGAAUCGUCAUGUGCCGCAUUGUGGCAAAUUAGGAGAGAUGAAGAUUUAAGCAAAGAAUAUAAAGAGAAGCAAAUGUUGCUUCCUGUGUUAUGGUUUAGAUGCAACAUUAAAGAUAAUUCAAAGUUUGCUGAAAAGGAGAUGUAG